ACGCCAUGCUUUUGGAAUUGUUCAAAUUGUUGGUUGAAUUUUGCUCUGAUCUCUCUUCCAACGAUCUUGGUCCCUCCGAAUACGUUCAAUCCGUCGACUUGGACGGCCGAGGAGCCCAUCAAGACCCCAUCCACCUUCGAUCUCGGAACCGCCCGCCCCCAUAACUGCAGAUCGCAAACCUGAUUUGCAGACCUGAGCAACGAGUUCUGCAGCGGCUCAACAAGUAGCUGCAGCUGGACGUGGGCGAGAACUCCUCCAAGAACUCGUCCUUCUCUCAGGACGGUGGGCCCGAAUUGCCCGGCGGCCCCCCUCUUGUCACCAGAAAGUCUUUCCAGACCUGUUGCGACGGUUUCAGAAGGGUGUAAAUAAUCUGCGAGCGCGGAAUUAAAGCGAGGGAAGGAACCGACCGAGCGCAUUCCUCACGAGCAGUUUUGUCCAAUUCGUGUAUGUACGACCAGUUAAGCACCGCUCUCAAAGGCCACCUCUGGAAUAUAAAAAUGAUAGAAUAUUUGCCACUUGCUGUCCUCUUUGCUUUCUGCAGAACUGUAACGUUCAUUUCUAUCAUGAAGAGCCGUGAGGCCAUAUAUCCCUCUUGGAAGAGUGCCAUGAGAGUCACCAGCUUUUUAGCCACCAUAUAUAAUCCUGGAGUGUUUGUCGAUGCCGCAAUGUUCAUUCUCCGGAUUGACGAAGGAAUUGAAAUGCUGACCUUAGGAACAAUGCAAACCAUUGUUUUCAUCUCAUCAUUGGAAGCAGCACGCGGUAGGCCAUUUCUUGAUGAACUUCUCACCAAAUUUGCCCUCAUCAUUGAUGCGGUGUUUUGGAUGCAGCCGAAGAAGGUCGAGGAAAUGAGCGUUGCCGAGCUGCAGCGCGAGAUGCAGGCCAGGAAGGAGCAGAUCGCCGAGUGGAGUGCCCUGGUGGCCAAUUUCGGCGGCCGCCUCGCAAGCCUCGACGACCAGCACGACCGGCUGGCCGAAGAGGAGGCGCGUCUGCAGCACCAGGUCGGCCUUAAGAAGUCGACCCUGCAGGAGGCCAAGGCGGCCCUGACGCAGGUCGAUCGCCAGGUGGAGGAGGCGCGCGGUCGCGUGGAAAGGUCUUCGGCGCUGCGAGUGGAGAAGGAGCGCGAGGCGGGAACCCUGAAGAGCGCCCUGGACAACCUGAUCGCGGCCGAGGUGGCCCUGCAGAGGGACGCGGCGGCCAAACGGGCCGCGCUGGCCGCCGAAUUCGAGCCGCGCCACGCCAGCCGCCAAGCCACGGAGCGGCUGCUCGCGGACGACACCCUCGCCACCAGACACGAGACGGAGCAGCUUCGCGAGGCGAUCGACACGCUGCGCGGCAAGGCGCAGGCGCACGUGGGUGAUGCGCAGGCGCAGCGCAAGCGUCUGGGCGGCGCGCAGGCGCAGCUGGAGGUGCUGCGACAGGCGCUGAACGAGCGGCGCCACGAGUUGGAGCGGCGCCGCAGCCAACUGGCCGCCGACGUGGCCCGUAAGGAACGCGCCCUGCGCGACUCGGACCGCGAGUUGCGCGACAAAAUCCACGCCCUGGCCGAGGUCAACUCUGACCUCGGCAGGGUGGACGCCGACCUGGCCGCCGCCCUUGACGCAAACCGCGCCCUCGUCGGCCCCACGCAGGCCGAGAGGAAGCAGAUCCAGGAGCUGGAAAGGAGUCUGGUGGAGAUCGAGGAGAAGCGGCAGACCGAGGCGGCGCGCCUCGCCAGGGUGGCCGCCGAGCUGGAGGAGGCCAAACUGCAGUUCCAGCGGAAGAGCAACGAGUUGGCCGAGCAGACCCAGCAGCAGCAGCACGACUCGCUCGAGUACCUGAGCCACCUGGAGGGCGAGUUGGGUGAGGUGGCCGCCGACGAGGAGCGCGCCCGCGUCGCCGAAAAGCCCCGCCGCAAACCUGACCCUGAGCGGCAGCACCUGCAAGAGCAGAUUGACGCCGCCAUCCUCGAGCUGGAGGCGCUGAAGGUGGAGCACUCGCGGGAGGCGGAGGAGGCGCGGGAGGCGCACGUGCGUCGCCUGGCGCGCGUCGAGGUGGAGAACGCGCGGCUGAGCGGCGAGCAGAGAUGCCUUCAGCUGGACCAGGCCCUGCGCGCCAAGCAGGCGGCCUUCGAGCGGCAACGCGCCGACGCCGAACUGCGCCUCAGCGAGGCCCACGGCCGCCUGGCCGCCCUGCAGGCCGCGGCCAGCGCCCACCUCGCCCAGGUCGACCCCGCCCUGUGGAAGACCCGCGGCGACGACCCCCACUUUGAGCAGGCGCUCAACAAGAUGGUGAAGCAGCAGGAGCUGAGCACGCAGCAGUUGGAGGCCAGGAUGCGGCUGGUGGGGCAGCAGAAGGCGGCCGCGGACCGUCAGGUGGCCACCCUGAGCGGCAACUGCGAGAACAUGCGGCGCCAACUGGAGCACCUGAGGCAGAGCAAGGCCAGGGCCAACAACCGCAGCACCAACUGA